AUGGCGCGAUCGAACACCUGCUACCUCACCCUCCUCGUCAUCGUCUUGUUCCUCGCCCUCAGUUGCAAGACGAAUGGGGCAAUCCUCCGCAGCUCUAUCGCUUCGUGGAACCCAGCCAUUGUCGCCAACCACUGCGACUGGAAAGGCAUCAAGUGCGCAGCCUCCGGCGGAGCUGUCACAGAGCUUACUUUGCAAAGCCUCAGCCUCUCCGGCUCGGUCCCGGCGUCCGUGUGCGAGCUCAAGAACCUCAACCGCCUUGACCUCUCCUACAACAACCUCACCGGCGCCUUCCCCACCGCCUCACUCUACGCCUGGAAGAAGCUCCGCUUCCUCGACAUCUCCAACAACGACUUCACCGGAAGGCUACCGGCCGAUAUCGACGCCUUGUCUCCGGUGAUGGAGCACCUCAACCUCUCCACCAACAGCUUCAUCGGCGAGGUGCCAGCAGCGGUGGCACGGCUCCCGGCGCUCAAGUCCCUGAUUCUCGACACCAACAACUUCACCGGCUCGUACCCGGAGGCUGAGAUAAGCAGCCUCGCCGGGCUUGAGUUUCUCACGCUGGCCAACAACGCAUUUUCGCCAGCGCCCGUGCCGCUGGGGUUUGCCAAGUUGACUAAGCUCACCUAUCUCUGGAUGGGGGGAAUGGACCUCACCGGGGAGAUUCCGGAGGCGUUCGCCGGCCUCACGGAGCUCACGCUGCUCGCCAUGGAGUCAAACCACCUCACCGGUCCAAUCCCGGCGUGGGUGUGGCAACCCCGGAAACUCCAGUACAUCUACCUGUACGACAACGCCCUCUCCGGUGAGCUCACACGUAACGUCACAGCGGUGAAUUUGAUUCAGCUUGAUGUGUCAACGAAUCAGCUGACCGGGGAGAUACCUGUAGCCUUCGGCAAUCUCAACAACCUGGAGUUUCUGUAUCUCUACAUGAACCAGUUCACCGGGACGAUUCCGGCGAGCAUCGGACUGCUCCCGCAGCUCAGAGACAUCCGAAUAUUCAACAACCAGCUCUCCGGCGAGCUCCCACCAGAGCUUGGCGAGCUCCCUACGAACCUAGCUGACUGCAUGAUGCUGGAAGAUCUGAUGCUCCAAGGCAACCUUUUCUCAGGUGACUUCCCAGCGAAAAUAUGGUCGCUCCCGAAGCUGCGGCGUGUGAUGAUCCAGGACAACAGAUUCACUGGCACUCUGCCAGCCGAGAUAUCCAUCACCAUCAUACGGAUUGAGAUAAGGAACAACAUGUUCUCUGGAUUCAUCCCGUGA